GUCAAGUCAUUUAUCAAACGUUAGUUCCCGUCCCGUACUUACAUUACGCUGAUCAUACUUCAUACGUUAACAUGGCGCGAGCUGGCGUGCAGUGGGCUCUUGUAGUCUUUGGAAUUUGUUUAUUUUCUGAACUAGUCCAAGGCGCUUUUUAUAAUGUUGGCGUCAGGUACAAAGUGGCUCUCAAUGUUUAUUCUGGUAGAGAAAAUCCUGACUGGGAAAUAGAUGAGACAGACCCACUGUACGACAGAAUUUCAUGGAUGGUCAACGAAGGCCCUCCCACCCCGCUAGAUGAUAAUCUUGGAUACGAAGGGUUUGUAGUUGAGGCUACAAACGCCAUGGGACAAAAGGCUUGGAAGACCGUUGGCCGUCACACAAACCGGAAGCUCGAGUCCAUGUUGUUGAGGUCAUGUCCAUCUAGUGAAGGCCUCAGUCAGCAAGUGAUGAACCAUGUUUAUUCUGGCAUCAUUGGCCAGUACCGUAAGAAAGUGCUACCGAACUCACCAAUGGCAAAAAUAGUAAAACAGCCAAUAGCUCGUGUUUCCAUAACAACGAAUAAUGACGAUGACAGUAGCCAUAUAGUUAUCAAACAAAGACUUUACAGAAAGAAGCGUCAAGCACGUGUCUGUUCUACAAGGUUCCAACCCGAGAACUGGAAUUAUGGCCAGGUCCAGAGACGAAAUAACUGUUAUAACUACGCAACAAACAUAAGGACAGACACUUUUGCUCAACCAGGUAGAGCUUCUGGUCAGAGGUACAGAAUAACUCAAGCCGGUCCGGUAUACGCCGCAACUUUAAGAGACGGUCUCACGCCACUUAACGGUCCAGACGCUGGUUCCGAGUGUCUUAUUGCCCUAGUAAUCUGGCCAGGAGAGGAUUAUCACUUCCUCCGUUUGGAUAACAAUGGUUACUGGUCCCAGAAGAGCGGCAGAACAGAAGCACGAAAUGUUGAUGACAGCGGUGACCUAAUUACUGACCCAAGGACAUGUGAUCGAGGACCAUACACAGUCUUUGCUGGCUGGUUAGGUGUAGGCCCCCGUGCUAGUAUUCGAUAAAAACGUUUACAGUAGCAAUAACUGUAGACUAUUUUGUUAAUCUAUCUAUUUAUUUCAGUAUGUUUAUUUAAAGACUAGUAAAUAUUUUAUAAAAUUGGAAAAAUCUUAAACCAUUUGUAGUGGAAUCUAGUUUUAGAUAUUGUGCUAAUCUACAAAAGUUAUUUGGACAAAUUUAUCUAUGAAUAUUAUGGCCAAACUAACGAUGUUAAUUCUUUAUUGAUUUUGUCCCAUGUACAUGUAGAUGUCAACUGAUAAAUUAAAAUAGAUAAAAUUAUUAUUUUUGUUGGGAAUAUUGUUGUUAUAUGUUUUAUAUAACAAAUAAAAUAUGAAAAGUUA